AUAAAUGACACAAUAAAUGGCCAUAAAUACUUUUUUUUUUUUUUGCCUGGUUUUUAAACACAGGAAACAAAAGAAUAUAUUACAUUUAUAUGAAUAAGCACAGGCCAGUCAUGUUUGACUUUAAAAUGGCUCUUCAGCUUCCCUCCAUGACACCUGUGGGUGUCUAUUCUGGGGGUAAUCUCGUCCCUUCAGAACAGUGGCUGACAAAUUAUGUAUCAUCUCCUUUUCAAAAUAGCAGCUGAAUCAUCUUCCCACUUGAGGAGAAGGAAGUUCUCUUGCACCUGGUUUUUCCCCCCCCUCGCAGUGAAAGGCAUAUAAUUGAUAAUCUCAAUUUAAUAAUCUCCCUGGCUUUUUUUAAGGAUCCUACCAUUAAGCUGCACCCUGCCUAGACAAACAUGUAACAAAUACCGUGUGUGGGUUCAGUGCAAAGAGGCACCAACACCAAAGGCUCCCUGGCAGUGCUCAGUGCCCUGGCUGGGGGCACAGGUUGCUGGGGGCAGGUCUGGGGUAGAGGCAGUGCAAACACAAGAAGUCAGGGUAAUUUUGUCUCCCAGACGAGUUCCAGAGUGGGGAGAAAGCCGAGGUGACCUGCCCUGGUUCCCAGCUGGAGGUGAGUGGCACGGCUGGGCUGGCAGUGGUGUCUGUCAGCACCAGCUCUGCUGUGUUCUCCUCCAGGCUGCACUCGAGCAGCUUGCUGAGGGAUGGAUCAGGGUUUGUUGUUGUUGUUUCCUGCCCAGUGUCUCUCACUGUGCUGCUUAUCUGCCUCGUGCUCGUGUUUUCACUGCUCUCACCACAGCCACGGUGUUCUCUCUUUCCCCCCAGCCCUUCUCCAGGAGUUUGGCUCACUGUGUGUGUUUGUGCAGGUGCCUGGCACUGGGAGAUAUCUGCUGUGCACUGCUGGUGCCUUCAGGUGAAGGUUUGCAAGGACUCUGGGGCUUUAUGGCUAAAGAGCAAGCAGCAAGUGCCCCGUCCUGAGAGGCAGCAGUGACUCCUCGGGGAGCUGCUUCCUGGCAGGGAUGUAUUUCCUUGGGAUGACUCAGGAGCUGCCUCCCAGGAUGCAGGAAAAACUCCCCAUCUUUAUCCUGCUUGCAGCUGGACUGCUGGAUUUGGCUGGAGCCUCCGGGAACCAUCGUGGUGCCAGUGACAUGAUGGGCCUGGCCUUCCCUGGAGGGGCCCAGCCCAGAGCUGAGAGCAGCCCAGUGCCCAGCGAGGGGGUCCCUGUGACAGAGGAGGACCUGGAUGGGGUGACCUCCCACCUCCAGAGUGCAGCAGCUGAUCCCACCAAGGAAACCACAGCUGCCUCCAGCCCUGCUGCCACAGAGAGAGCUGCAAACAGGACAGCUCUGCUGCCUGGGGACUCAGCUGGGGACCUGGGGGUGUCUGAGCCCCUGCACACACAAACAGCAGCUCUAACAGCCCAGGGUGGACACGCCUGGCCUGGCAGCAUCCCUGGCUCCACACGAGGGUCCCAGGCUGCCACAGCUCUGCAGCAGCCACACAGCUCCCUGCAAAGAAGACCAGGAGAUAUUCCUGGGGCUGCUCUCAGCCCUCCCAGCUCUCCCUCUCCCAGUGCAGGGACACACCAGGACUCUCCCCAGGUCACAGCUGUCCCCUCCCUUUCUGUUCUCAAGCAGAUGGAGGUGACAAGGCUUAAAACAUCUGCCCUGACUUCAACAGUCCAUUUUCGUCCUCCAGGAAAAGGAACAGCAGCACCUCCAUUUCCCAGCAGAGCUGGGAUUGCUCCUGGAAGUGCAGGGCUGGGCUGGUCACCCCCAGGAAUGCACAGACCCCCCCAGGCCCAGCCUGGCAGCACAGCACCUGUGACACCUGCACACCUGAAGAGGACUCAGGGUAUGGAUGCUGGAGUUACAGCUUCUGCAGUGCCACCACAGCCAGCUCCAGGGAGCCUGGAUGCAGCCUAUUCCACAACAACACAUGCCAGGGCCACUCAGGUUUCCCCUGUUCUGCCUCUGAAUCAAGAAACAACAGGCAGAAAGGGCAGAACUCCAACAGCAGCUGUAACAAAUGGUUCUGGACACCCAACCCAGCUGCCUGCUCUGCACACACUCCCACCAGGCCACCUCCAUUCCUCUUCAUUACUGAUGGGAUCCCCAGCUCCUGCUGGAUUAAUUCCAUCUCCGUUUCAAGGGCCCGUUGGCACGACUGGAGGACAACAGUCUUUGGACAGGGCCCUCAACUGCACCAAACCUGCUGCCCAGGAAAGCAAGAGGAGCUCUCAAGGAAUCACAGCUGUAGCUCUGCAAGGAGAUUCUGAUCAUGGGAUGGUGACAAGCAAACCUGGGAAAUCUGCAUCCCCUGAGAGCCCACAGGCUUCUGCUACUUCAUCCUCAUCCAGCCCAUCAGGGAUUUCCACACUAAAACUUUCCCAGACUACUAAAGAGCAAAAAGAAGCAACAUCUGCACCCCCUCCUGGAAUGUCUGCCUUUGGGAAUGAAGACCUUCAGCCCUGGGAUUCUGUUCAGGAAGGGCUUCAGCCACCAGGUGCAUCUUUGCCUGCUCGUGCUGGAUUGCAGCCCAUGGGCAUCCCCAGCUCUGCUGAGAGACUUCACACCACAACAACAACACUUUCCUCCACAGCUGCUGGGGUUGGGGCUCGGGCUCAGGGUGUUCCUGCCCAUCCUGGAUCUCAGGAAGCCUUUGCUGGGACUCUGCAGCUGAGCACAGUGGAAGACAAGAGGAGGAAAGGUCUCCCACAGCAGACAGCUGGAACUGGUUCUCCAGCAUCCAACCCACUCCCCAGCCCCUCUGGAGCCCAAGACAGCAGGAACCAGACACCUCCCUCUCCCAGCACUGCCCCUCCAGCCUCCCAGACCCACCACGUUGGCAGCCUGGCAGCUUCUGCUUCAGAACCACCCUCAGCCCCUGCAGGGGGAGGCCAGUCCAGCUCAGCCCCAGCACAUCCCGGUCCAGGGGUGCCCAGUGUCCCUGGAGAGGUCCCAGCACAGCUGGCACAGGCUCUGCUGCAGCAGUUCAGGAUGGCACUUGAUGCAGCCAGCAGGAACCUCAGCACUGCCAGAGGAGACCCCCUCACCAUCACAGCAGCCCCAAACCUGUCCUUCCUGUUCAAGAGCACUGAUGGCAUGAUCUGCCUUCAGCCCAUGCAGGAGCACCCCCUGCCCAGGACACUCCCCAGUACCAGUGUUGGGGCCCUGGUGUCCGUUCAGCAAAUCCUGGCAGCAUCAAACUCCUCAGUGCUGGACCCUGGGGACUUGCACCAUCUGAGUCCUUCCAGCUUGGUGCUGGUCAGGCCUGUGUUCAUCCUGCUGCCCACUGGCACAGCAGACUCAGCCUUGGCUCGGGGGGAAGGCGAGCACAGAACCACCCACCUGCUCACAAACGUGGGGACCCCUGAGAGCAGCCACGUGAGAACUGCUUCCUCUGAUCCCAGCAGUAAACCUGGAACUACUCUGCCCACUGUGCCCAGCCAACAAGCAGAGAGAGCAAAGGGAACUCCUCAGCCAACCACUCCCACCUCCAGAGCCACCACGGGCUUGGUCCAAGCUGCCACCUCAGCACCAGGUCCUUUGCUGGCCCCAGGGACGGGGAUGAGCAGCACAGGGCAGGCCCUGCACCUUCACAGGAUGCCAGAGGAGAUGCAGAUCCCUGCUCCCCAUUCCCAGGAGGCCAAGGGCACUGAUUUCCUUCUCCUGAGCAGGAUGUUGGCAGAGCCUGGCACCUCCCCUGGGGCACCAUCAGCGCUGCCCACGCAGCAGAGCCCCCACACUUCCCCCAAGGUGUCUCUCACCACAGAAAAGCCACACUCUGUAACUCCUUUACUGCCAGCAAAGGGACUCCCUGAUUUCCCAGUGCCUGCCCAGCCUGUGCCCAGCACAGGGGCUGCAGGGGGUGCUCAGCACAGUGGGACACUGCAAACUGCUGCCCCUGGCCAGGGCUCAGCGACCACCCCGAGCUCUGCCCCUGCUCCCCACGGGACCUCACGCUCAGCUGGAACCACAAAAUACCCACCAGAGGUGGUCACGAGCACCAAACCUCUGCAGGCCACGUCCCAGAGGCUCCCCAGGACCACGCUGAUGCUGCCAGCAGUGGCACCCAGCACGUCCUCGGCUUCCCCAGUGCUUCCAGCUGGGAAUGAGCACAGAGAGGCUGCCCUGGGCAGCACAGCUCCUCCAGGAGCUGCUCCAGCAGCACAAACCCACAGCACAUCUGUACAGCCUGAUCCCCCCCAGCACUCUGGAAUUCACUGCCACGGUGCCCAAGCCCUGGGUAAGGACAGAGGCAGCACCGGUGCAGACUCCCUUUGCUGCAGAGAUCCAAGCGAAGGCAACGCUUCCUGGGAAACCUCUGGCUGCAGUGACCCACCCACGGGGGUAUUCCAGCUCUGCUGCACACCCACCUUCUCCUGCACCUGCACACGUGGCCCUGCUGGCAGCCCUGGAACGUGACCGAGCCCUCCAAGCUCC